AUGAAUGUGAAAUAUUCAUUUCUCAAUGGUUUCCUUGAAGAGGAAUUCUAUGUGAAGCAACCACAAGGUUAUGAGAAGAAAGAGCAUGAAAAUCAAAUUUACAAACUGAAUAAGGCAUUGUAUGGGCUAAAAGAGGCACUUCGAGCUUGGUGGUUUGGAGUACAGCUGAAUCCUGAAUUUAUUAUGAUAGACCUCAAGUUUUUCUUUGUACGAGCAGGUUUAAUGGGCUGGCUUCUUCUCAACUUGUCGGUUCUAGCUAGAAGUGUCCAAGAUGGCAACUUGAGCCUAUCAAUGAUCCUUUAUCAACUAUUCUGCGCGUUAUAUAUCCUGGACUACUUUGUUUACGAGGAGUAUAUGACUUCCACUUAUAGCCUUUUGCCAAUGAACUUAUUACUAGUUCGUGCCACCUUUACUAAGGACUCAUUUCCUUUGCCUAAAAAACUACGUAGAUAUACGGUGUUCCGAGAAGCUAACAAGCAAAAGCAUGUGUUCAAAAGGAAUCCCAAAGCGCGGGGAAUUGCGAGGCACUGCAACUACCUUGGCGACUUGCUGCUGGCACUGUCCUUCAGUUUGCCAUGUGGACUCAGUUCACCAGUUCCUCAUUUCUACCCAACAAUCUAUUUCCUGAAUCUGCAGAUAUGGAGAGAGAGAAGAGACGAAGCUCGUUGUGCAGAAAAGUACAGAGAAAUUUGGGCAGGAUACCGUGGACUAGUUCCUUGGAGGAUAUGCCCCUACAUUUAUUAGAUGUACAGUAGUUCAUCUAGUAAUGAUAGAUCGUGAACCUUUCACAAGAAAAAUCCCUGAGUGGGAGAUUUAGUGGUCAUUCGUUCUCUAUACUUGUUUCCUUCAUCUUACGAGUUGUAAUUUCUUGGUAGACUGGUGUUACAUUUUCUUUGGUUCUUUUUUUAUUUUACAAAGAGAAACUUUGGUAAACCCUGGUAGACUGGUGUUCUUUUUCAUGAUGAACUUUCUGGGGAUCGGCCCAGAUUUGAUUUUUCUGUUACGCGAUUUGAUCUUUUCUUCA